GGAUCACAGACAGCAAGAUCAGUGAUGACUUCCACCAUGGCCUGGCCCCAUCUCUUCCUUACCAUCCUUGCUCACUGCACGGGGUCCUGGGCCCAGUCUGUGCUGACACAGCCACCUUCUGUAUCCGGGGCUCUGGGCCAGAAGGUCACCAUCUCCUGCACUGGAAGCAGCUCCAACAUCGGUGGUGGUACUAUUGUGAACUGGUACCAACAGCUCCCAGGAACAGCACCCAGAAUGAUCAUCUAUGCUAAUAACAAUCGACCCUCAGGGGUCCCUGAGCGAUUCUCUGGCUCCAAGUCUGGCAGCUCAGCCACCCUGACCAUCACUGGGCUCCAAGCUGAGGAUGAGGCUGAAUAUUAUUGCCAGUCCUAUGGCAGGAGUCUCAGUGCUCACACAGUGCCCCAGGACUAUGAGGAAUCUUCACUAACCCAGCCACCAUCCCUCUUGAAAUCUCUGGGAAUAAGAGGCAGAUUCACCGAGACCCUGAGCAGUGGGUUCAGUGUUGGGAGAUAUGUCAUAGGCUGGUACCAACAAAUGCCAGGAAAACCUCCCCAACAUCUCCUGAGCUUCUACUUAGUCUCAGAAAAACAUCAGGGUCCUAGGGUUCCCAGCUGCUUCUCUGGCUCCAAAGAUGCCACGGCCAAUUCAGGGCUUCUGAUCAUCUCUGGUCUGCAGUCUGAGGACAAGGCUGACUAUUACUGUGUUGUUAGAAAUACUGGUGCUUCUCACAGUGACACUGGCAUAAUGGAGCUUUUAAGCCCUCAGGGUGUCAGCCAGCAUUAUGGAGUAUCAAAACCCCCCAACAAUAUGAAGCAUCAUGCCCUCUGA